GUAUAGAUCGUCCAGCAGGAAAGUUUACGGAGGACGACAUGUUGAUGAAGGUAAAGGACUAUGUCACAUCUGCUUUCAAGUUAUUGGUAGAGGACCCUGUCUACAGCAAUAAGCGGUAUCCAAUUCCAAUCGAAUUUGAGACAAGGAAACAUUUGACUGUAAAUCAGCUUAGCUCAAUGAGUGAAAUCGAUUAUCUGGAUGUGAUGUUUCAGAAAGUUGUUGAAAAUAAAGUUAUACAAACAUACUGGUGUAAACUUACAAGAGAGAGCCUUGGUGAUAAUGCCUCAAAACAACUACUUGACAUAAUCAUAAAGUAUUGGAUAAAAAUUAGGGCUAAUGCAUUUUUGAAAGUGUAUAGUAAUUUGAAAAGGGAAAGUGGUAAACUAUCAAAGAAAGGUGAAAAGUCUCUCAGAAAGGAGUUAAACACUUAAAUUUUGAGGGCAUACAUUUAUAUCUUGCUGCAGAUGACUAAUGAAUUUACCAAAGAAUUUUUUAACAUGUUUAUUAUUUUCCAUAUCAGAAUAAUUUAUUGAGUGUAAAAAAUUAAUUAUUAAAUUUUAAGUUUGGCAGUAAUUCAGUCUUUGCUGCAAUUAACUGACUGAAACAUAUAUAGUGAAUUUUGUUUGUAACAUGUUUUUGAAUAUAAGUGAAUAAAUUAUUUGUUUAAAGUGUAGUACUGUAA